AUGUUGAAGGAAAAUGCAAUGAAAUCAAGAAAUGGAAGCUCACAACAAGUUUCAGGAGUUGAAACAAAGACAGAAGAAGCCAAUGUCGGAGUACCCAAUAGAUAUGGAGAAGUGGUCGAAGAGAGCGUUUCCACAUUUGGACGACGAUUGAGCUGGGCGAAAUUGAACGUAUUAGAAGAGAAAUCGGAUGAAGUCGAUUUUCCUCAAAAGUUUUUCAGAAUGAUAUGGACCAGCAUUAUCAUCCGGAGCAGAAAUCAGAAUACAAGAAUCUUGUCGGCCAAUGCUAUAACGACUUUCAAGCAGUCUGAUAAAACACAUCGGAAGACAAAAUCAAAACGUUACGAGCGCCACGUUAUGUGCGAUAAUCACUAUUCGGCGAUUUCAUUGUUUUCUAUUUCUAAUCUGGACGAGAAAAAGCAUGGAUCAUCUGAAACAACGGAAUCAUCAGAAACAAAAAUUUCUAUCCUUAUUCACCUUCCGCACGCAGCAACGAGCAUUUGCCCCCAUCGCUGUGUUCAUUUAUGA